UAGUAUUCAUAAUGAGCAACUUUGCGUGGGAGUGGACGGAGUAACUAAACAAUAAUUCCAGACUUUCUUAUUUAGGGUGGCUAUAUAAAGGAUGUGUGGUUUCCCCCUGGUUUUGAGAGCUUGUUUGGUGGUUUUCUUUUCUUCUGUUUUUGGCUGGGGGAUUUUCCCGGUAUUGUUUUCAAUACAUGACUUUGAUAUGAUUGCAGCCAUGCUCAGCAAAACGCCUAUCAGAAACAAGAUGCAGAACAACUAUUUGCGACGCCAACAAGGCCUUAGGACAAAAAGGAAAUGAAACAAAUAACAAAAGGAAACGUCAAAAUCAA